CCCCAGCCACGAGGCGGCCGUGGGCCACCCCUGCCCUCUCUUUGUUUGGGCACACGGCUCGGUAACCGCGGACCUUGGGGAUGGAGAUUAGGCGGCUCCCUAGCCUCCGUGGACCCCCGCUGCUAAGCCUCCCGAACAGUUGCUGUUCAGGUUCCCAGCCAUGCGUAUAAGUUCUCUCGGAUCCCGGAAAACAGGCAGGGGGAGAGAUGGUCAUAUUCUCCCAAGGAGCCCUGACGAGCAACAAUUUUUCAUCGCUUUUUUUUGUUUUAUUUUUCGACAUUUUUUUCUUCUUCAACCAAAUGCUCCAUGCUAUCUGAGACUCUCCCAGAGAGAGACCACUUCCAGAGGCCAGCUGAUAUACGGUCAUGUUUGUCUCAUUCUGAGACUGAAGGUCUUCAACAACAGGAGUGAUGCACACUUCAGUGGUCGGCUGCAGAAUGAGUUUGGGUUUACUUUUUAAUGGACUGCUUGUCUCUGUGGUAGCAGCUUUACUUUGGGAAUACUCCAAGUUAAGAGAACAUGCUACUGUGCUCGAGGAAGAGUUGCACAUGACACAGAAGUCCCAAGAUUUGACAAAAGCUCAUAUCGACUAUCAUCUAGCUCUACAGGGUCUACAUGAAGAUGGUACCCGUAUGGUGUGCAGCAGCAAAAUGCACACUGAUCGCAUCUGCAGCUUUGAUUAUCUUUGCUACUGUACAGAGGCAGAUGAGUUUGUAUUCUUCCAUUCAAAUUCCUCCAUUAUGUUGCCAAACUUGGGUUCCAGACGAUUCCAACCUGCUCUGCUUGACAUGUCCUCAGUAGAAGAUCACAAUACCCAGUAUUUCAACUUUUUAGAGCUUCCAACUGCUGCUUUGAAGUUCUUGUCCAAGCCUGUGUUUGUACCAGAUGUGACAUUAAUUUUUAACAGGUUUAAUCCUGACAACUUAAUGCAUGUUUUUCAUGAUGAUCUGCUGCCAGCCUUCUUUACUAUGAAACUGUAUUCAGAUCUUGAUGACCGGGCACGUUUGGUGUUCAUGGAGGGUUGGGGUGAAGGGCCACAUUUUGACCUGUACCGACUUUUAAGCAACAAACAGCCACUUCUCAAACAGCAGCUAAGAGACUUGGGAAAGCUAAUUUGUUUUACUAAAUCUUAUGUGGGUGUAUCCAAGAUGACAACUUGGUAUCAAUAUGGGUUUGUUCAGCCGCAAGGGCCCAAGGCUAACAUUUUGGUCUCAGGAAAUGAGAUUCGACAGUUUUCUAAAGCUGUUAUGCUUAAAAUGAACAUCACAAGAAUUGAAGAGGUGGAGAAGGAUGCUGGUAAUGCUAGAGAUGAUAAUAAGAAGGAUGAAUACAUAGUUGUGUUCAGUCGGUUAACAACAAGGCUAAUACUGAAUGAAGCUGAGUUAAUGAUUGCACUGGCUCAGGAGUUCCAGAUGAAAGUCUUUAAAGUUUCCCUGGAGGAACAAUCAUUUCCUAGCAUUGUCCAGGUUAUCAGUGGUGCUUCCAUGCUCGUGAGCAUGCAUGGAGCCCAGCUUAUCACCUCGCUUUUUCUCCCCAGAGGAGCUGUUGUGGUUGAACUUUUCCCCUUUGCUAUAAACCCAGAGCACUAUGUCCCAUACAAAACCCUUGCCAACCUUCCAGGCAUGGAUCUACACUAUUUUUCAUGGAGAAACACCAAGAAGGAGAACACUGUUGGCCAUCCAGACAGACCGUGGGAACAAGGAGGUAUAGCUCACUUAGAGAAGGAAGAGCAGGAGCAAAUAUUGGCAAGCCAGGAAGUCUCAAGGCACCUGUGUUGUCGCAACCCUGAGUGGCUCUUUCGAAUCUACCAAGAUACUCUCAUAGAUAUCCCGUCACUCCUGGUCGUUCUCAGGGAGGGCAUGAAAACUAGGCUAAGCUUCAAGAAGUCCAAACCUGUCAGUAAGAUUCAUCCAGGUAGGGUCAGACAACCCCAGUGUCAAACCUCGGUGCAAGCCACUGACAAGGCACAGCUUACGAUCUCUUGGAAGAUCCCAUGGAAUAUGAAAUACCUGAAAGUGAAAGAGGUUAAGUAUGAGGUUUGGAUUCAAGAACAAGGAGAAAAUACCUACAUGCCUUACAUCCUUCAACAGCUAAACUACACGUUUUCAGAAAAUAUUAAGCCUUUUAUCACCUACAUGGUAUGGGUCAGGUGUAUAUUCAACAACAACCUUCUGGGUCCCUUUGCAGAUGUUCUUGUGUGUAGAACUUGAGGCAGUAUGUUGCUGUACAAUUGUAAUAUUAUAUGUUGUAUUCAUUUUUGUUUUUGACCUUCAAGAUAUAAUGAAGUCAAUGUUUUUAAUUAACAAUUGCCCUGUCACGCAAAGUUGUAACUUAACAAUUAUGGAGUGGAGUUAAAUUUGUAACAGUUUUGAAAAUAGUAAAUGUGAUUUUUGGUGUGAACAACCCCAAUUCCAAUGAAGUUGGGACAUUGUAUUAAACAUAAAUAAAAACAUAAUACAAUUAUUUGUAUAUAUAAUCAUGUUCAACCUAUAUUUAAUUGAAUACACCACAAAGAGACGAUAUUUAAUGUUCAAACUGAUAAACUUUAUUGUUUUGAGCAAAU